GACACCUUACUGACAAGCCCAAUGUUACUAAGCCUGUUAAGCCUCAUAUGCAAGGGAAGCGUGCUCGCCAUCUUCUGUCCUCCUCCUCUCUCGAUGUUACACCACCUGUUUCCUCGUCAACCCCGCUGUCCUCCAGCUUGCCCUGCCGGUCUAGCCGUAUCGGUAAUCCAAUCGCUCUGCUUGACUCGCGCCUCUCUACUUGGCGGCCACGGCGUUUUAUCAUGUUUCUUCAGCCUAUGGACUCACGGGCCAAUUCCGAUUCAACUCAUGAAUCUCCGGCCGUUUCAAAAUCCUCCUCCACAGCGGUUACUGCUUCUACAAGCAUAAACAAUCGUGCUACUAAUCAGGCCAUUCCGUGGCAAACUGCCGCAGCUGAGCUGAUUCUCCGUCUCGCCAGCGCUGAACGGGUGGGCCGCCGCAGUUGGAUGCGGCCUUGGCGCUCUGCAACCAGUCAGGAGACUGUCGGCUUGCUUGAAGACACAGAUCAGCCUCCCAGCGUCUCCUCUGAGGAGGAAAUUCUGGAUGAUGAGACAGCCAGAGUUCUGCAUCACACAAACUUGAUUGAGCCCAACUGCUCCUCAGUCAGCUCUGAACCAGUUGUAUUUUCUAGUGUUGUUGAGAAUCAGGUAACGCUUAAGGGCAAACAACUGAUGGUCGAAUCUCCGGGUCAGCCGGCCCUCGAAAAGGCUUCCUUGCCCCUGACCAAUGAAUCAAUGUUAAAAGAAUCAGAAGAGGUCUCAUCAAUGCGACAAAUAGCGAAAUCGUGCUCGAAUCGACUCAAUGACGAAGAGGAACGCUUCGAAGAAGUCGACCUAGUUUUAGAAAGUGCAGUCGACAAAGCUGGCAGACCAUUCUGCUCGCGCCUCCUUCAUGAUCUUAAGCCAAGGCUUCUUGCUCGGCGUGAUGUUCUCGCAGCCAUGGCUCAUAGUUUAUUGCCCUUACCAGCUUGGGUUUACCGGCAAUAUGAUCUGGUGCGUCUACUUUGUAUCCACUAUAGCUUUCGCCUAUCUUCUGAAAUCAGCUUCAACUUUUCAAGUUUUUUCUUAAUGUGGGGGAUUUAUUAUAUAGGUUAA